CCGUUCCCAGUCUUUUACCUGCUCGUUGUUCUGAAAGGGCCAUGCGACUUUUCGGUUGUUGCGCCUCGAGAGUUCAUUAGGCUGUUAGAUCAGCGCAGCUGCGGAUCGCGACGGGGUAAAUCUCCGCCGGCACCGGGCCAGUGUGCUCGUUAACCUGCGAGCUUGUGAGGACUUGUGUGAUCUCCCAGGUGCGAUUCGCGGGCGCCCGAAGAAGAGUCGGAAGUGGCACCGAGACGAUGACGACCAACGAACGGGCAGUCCGGGCGCUGAGAGACGUCCUUAAAAGAGCGGGCAACACCGCCUGCGCGGAUUGCGGCGCGCCCGAUCCAGAAUGGGGAUCCUGCUCCCUGGGAGUUUUUAUUUGCCUCAUUUGUUCCGGAAUCCACCGGAACAUUCCCGACAUUGGAAAGGUCAAGUCUCUCAGACUGUCCUGCUGGGAGGAUUCCGAAGUGGAGUUCAUGGCAGAGAACGGCAACGAAGCUGCCAAGAUCAAAUACGAGGCUCGCGUGCCAGCCUACUACUACAAGCCCACUCACAAGGACUGCCAGGUCCUGAAGGAGCAAUGGAUCAAAGCUAAAUAUGAGCGAAUGGAAUUUACACAAGACAGGAAGUCGCUGGUAUACGACGAGGGGUCCAGAGAUGGAAUGCUAAUGAAGAGGGGGCGGGACAACGGGCAGUUCUUAAGUAGACGAUUUGUCCUGUCAGAGAGGGAAGGAACGCUCAAGUAUUUCACCAAGUCCGAUGCCAAGGAGCCAAAAGCGGUGAUCAAGGUGGACACCAUCAACGCCUCCUUCCAGCCAGAGAAGAUCGGCAACCCCAACGGCCUCCAGAUCACCUACCUGAAAGACUACAGCACACGCAACAUCUUCCUCUACCACGAGAGCAGCAAGGAAAUAGUGGACUGGUUUAACUCUAUCCGAGCAGUCCAGUUGCAUUAUCUAAAAGUAGCAUUUCCUGGAGCUUCUGAGUUUGAGCUGACGCCCAAGCUGACGCGAAACUUCCUGAAAGAGGGAUACAUGGAGAAGACAGGACCGAGGCAGACAGAGGGUUUUAAGAAGCGCUGGUUCACCUUGGAUCACAGGAGGCUCAUGUACUUCAAAGAUCCUCUGGACGCGUUCGCCAAGGGUGAGGUGUUCCUGGGCCAUCGGGACCUGGGCUACAGCGCCCACGCCGGCCUGCCGAGCGGCACCCACAGCAACGGCGCCUGGCGGCAUGGUAUCACCAUAGUGACGCCAGAGCGCAGCUUCCUGUUCACCUGCGAGUCGGAGGCAGAGCAACAGGAUUGGCUGAAGCACUUCAACGAUGUCACCAGUGCGCAGAUGUCGCCACAGGAGUACAGCGUGGAGGCCCUCUUCAAGCAUAAACACUGACGGAGUCGGAUACGUGUCGUGACCCCAGCCUGACCUUUCAAUUCUCACAUCUGCAGCUGCAGCUUUAAUGAGUCUAAUGAGACAUAACACUACGUGUUAAUUUUAAUGUAUCUUUUUCAAGUUCAAUAAGUACUUUUAAGAUCUCGAGUGUAACAUGUAUUUGUGUUUUCUGUAACUACUAAGAUCAUUUGAGUAAUGGCCGUUGUAAAGCUGAUCUGGUUUGUGUACUGUUACAAGUUUAGAACGUUCAUUGCGGUGGUAGGAGCCGUAAUAGGAGCUAUGUUUAUGUAACCUUCCACGCUAUUGAUCUGUCAGAUCUUUAAGGCCGCAGGCUCGUGGAGGCCCUGGGUUAUGCUUGUCUUCUCAGUCCUCAGAUCUACCAGACAGAGUUAUUUAAGAAAGUAACAGGACACAACAUGGCUGGUUUCUGGUGACUGAAUGGUCACGCUCCAGGAUGUACAGAAAGGAAGAGAAAAGCGUAACACGAGCCACAAAGUCGCGCAGGUUCCGAUCUGUACCUUUUAUUCUCACCAUGUGUCGAUGUGCCCCCUAGUAGUGAAAUUUUGUUUUUCUCCUGUAAUAUUAAGCCUGUAAGUAAGCACCGUAUGUUCUUCAGAUGUCACGCCAGCCCAAGUGUUUGGAUAAAACAAUGUUAUUCUGUAGAAGUGCAGUGAAACGGUUUCUUGUAAGGACAGGCUGCGUGCAGUGGACAAUAUGAUGAAUCACUGUAUUUUUUAAUGACAAAAUUCUAAACAAUAAAAUAUUUUUGAAUAAAUGAUUUGAUCAGUAA